CAUAAAAAAACACACGAUCUUAAGAAAAGGUUUAUUAUCAAGGUAAAAUAUUUUGGUUUCGAAUUUUUGAAGAGAGAAAAUGGCGUCUCAUCAAGAACAGAGUUACAAAGCUGGUGAAACUAGAGGCAAGGCUCAGGAGAAGGGGGAAGCUAUGGGAAUGAUGGGAGAGAAAACACAGGCAGCUAAGGAUAAAACUCAAGAGACAGCUCAAGCGGCACAACAAAAGGCUCAUGAAACAGCUCAAACGGCACAACAAAAGGCUCAUGAAACAGCUCAAACGGCACAACAAAAGGCUCAUGAAACAGCUCAGUCUGCUAAAGACAAGACGUCUCAAGCAGCACAAACAACUCAACAGAGAGCUCAAGAGUCCAAGGACAAAACGGGAAGCCACAUGUCGGAAACCGGAGAGACAAUCAAGAACAAGGCACAAGACGCAGCGGAAUAUACCAAAGAGACAGCUGAAGCUGGUAAGGAGAAGACCAGUGGGAUCUUGGGCCAGACCGGUGAGCAGGUGAAGCAGAUGGCUAUGGGAGCUACUGAUGCAGUUAAGCACACUUUGGGGCUUGGUACUGAUGAAGGAAAUAAAGAACAUGUUUCUUCAGCCCCAAGUACUACUACUACAACCACUACUCAUGAAACACAGAAGAAGUAAUUAAAGAAGAUGAACAAGAUUUGUUUUGUGUGUGUCCUUGAGUUUUCAUGUUUUGUUUGCUUUGUUUAACGUUUGUUGUGUUUGUGAGAUUAUGUUGAUCCUACUUGUUGUUUAUUUGGCCUGAGUUUUUACGUAUUAUUAUGUAAUGGUUUUAUAUUGGCCCUUGUUAUCUAGGCCGGUGAAUAAAUUUUAUAUUUUCGUUUUUA